GGAGAGCCUAGAAAAUAAGAAGAGAUCAGUCAGCUACACCCCUUCCAUUGGUGUCUCAACAAUACCUAGAAGUGUAGACUUGUAGAGAACCCCACCCCUCCGGAAAAAAAAAAAAGAAAAAAAAAAUCCAGAAAUCUCCGGCGAUGUUGAGGCAAAGGCUGUGGACCCCACUCUCCUCCGCCGUUCUCCGGCGAGCCCUGUCUUCCACAAUCGAAUUCUCCGCCGGAGCUCAGUCUCGCUCUCGUUUCUCUCCCUGCUCCGACAACUCCAGGCUCUUCUUCCUCCCCAGCGGCCGACCUGAUUUUCUCGGGAAAUUCCAAUUUUCCGGGAAAAAUUUUCUCAGCUCCCAAACUGCCCUCAACCUCGACGCGAAGUGCUGGAAUUGCAACGCCGCGGCUGAGGCGGCGCUGUUUCUCUUCUGUCCGUCUUGCCGCUGCAUUCAGCCGGUGGAUCAGUCGGUCGAUUACUUCCAAAUAUUCGGAUUGGAGAAAAAGUACAAUGUUGAAGAUGACAAUCUGGAGGGAAAAUACAAGAACUGGCAAAAAAAGUUGCAUCCAGAUUUAGUUCAUUCGAAAUCAGAGAAAGAAAGAGAAUAUGCUGCUGAGCAGUCUGCUCGGGUGAUCGAUGCAUACCGCACGCUUAGCAAGCCUUUGUCAAGAGCAAUCUAUAUUAUGAAGCUCGAAGGUGUCAAUGUCGAUGAAGAAGAAACAAUUUCAGACUUUGAAUUUCUUACUGAGAUGAUGGAAAUCAGGGAAGCUGUGGAGGAGGCAGCUGACUCUCAGGCUUUAAAUCAGAUUCGGUCUGAGAUGCAAGAGAAAGUCAAAAACUGGUCUGACUUAUUUGCAAAUGCAUUCCAAAAUCGAAAUUUUGGAGAAGCUGUUAAAGCUACACGGAGAAUGACUUACUAUGAGCGAGCCAUUGAAGAAAUUGUAAAAAAGCUCUAAUAAGGCUCUUGCUGGCCUAUUGCUCAUUUUUGCCAUCAGUCAGCUUUGUGCUCCUGUCCCAAAAUUUCAACCACUAGACUCACUAGCAAUGACUUUUAGGUAAGACUUCGAUCCAAGACCUGUUAAGGGGUUCCGGAAAGGAAUCGGUAUUCAGGAAUUUAAGGAAAUCUUUAGUAUCAUAGAUUAAAUUAUCAUCAGUUUCUUGGCAAACCAUGGUGGAGAGAUAUGGAUUAUCUACUUAAAAAUUGUACUUGUAAUUUUACUAGGCAUGUUGAGACUGGGGAAGGGCAUUAUUCACCACCAUGCAUGUCUAUGAUCCUUCAGUCCUCUCUAAGUUUUUGGUCAAAUGCUUGUAAAGAAUGAAAGCUAGUUUCCCCAUUCCUUGUAAACAAAAGUUAAAUUUUUAGGUGAUAUAUGUUCUUGUCUUAUUAGUUUUA